CGUGUUCUGAUGGAGGUUAUAGAUCGUAUGCUAAGACCUUUCAACGGCUAUGUUCAGUUGCUACUUUAGCCGAGGUCACUGAUCUGACGGCUCCAUUAGCUCAAUGCGACAGCACGAGCAUGUUGCUAAUUUUGUACAUUACGGAAUCACUUCAGUUCCAACAUCCACCUCGUGACGGAAGGCCUGCAUGAUGGAUGUCGUCGAGUUAGAAUAUCAGUGACACUGGAAAGAGGUCAUGGAGGCUAUGCAGCUUAAUCACCAGACAGUAAUAUCAGAGGCAAUUCAUGCAGAUAUAAAACAUCUCACCCAAAGCGAAAUUAAUUGCAUCUUCAACAACAUUCACUCACCAUCAUAAGAUAUCAAGCACUCGUUACACACAAACUCAAUUCUCAUCAUGAAGCUUAUCCCUCUCCUCACCAUGGCUGCCUUCGCAGCAGCUACCCCUGCUCCCAAGGGCUGCACGCCCGGAACCUACUCCUGCACGGCCGACCUCAAGGGCUGGCAGGUCUGCAACGUCGACCGCACCUGGGUGUUCGCCGGUGCUUGUCCUCCAAAGACGGCUUGCCUGUUCAACAAGCAGAAUGGCUCGCCGUACUGCGUGCCCCCUGGCUUUCAUUUCUAGGCCAGUUCCGGCUGGUGUGGUCGUUUUCUCGCAGCUUUACCGUGUUGAUCUUUUACGAUCUUUGAAGCUGCAAAUUCACCACUGUGCGAUAUACGAAUACGCUGGUGGACGCAGGCUUAUGUCAAUCCUUAUGCUUUAGCAGAUCCUUGUCAAUAGCUUCUUUCUUUAAAUUAUACUUAUUAUACCUUCUCUUGUAAAUCACGCGUCUCUACCUAUAAUCUAUUAUACAGUUCGACAUGUUUCUGUAUACAUGGCUUAUCUCCAAAGCCGUAGUAGGCCACAGAUAUUGCUAUUAACACUAGACUGCGACAGGCAAUAAAGUAUAUUUUAGGAUUAAUAAAUAUCUUAUGAGAUCAUUAAUAGGAAGCCGC